CGGCUGAGGGAGGAGAGGACAGGAGGGUGGGGGCAGUGACUGUACGCAGCCUCUGACGUCAGCGCCGCACUCUGAAGAUAAGGCUUUAUAUGAACUACAAUGUUCUUUUUAUAAUCAAGAGCGUUGGCGCUCAGGCGGUGGCGGCGCUGAUCACCUGAGGACACACCCGGCCUCGUCUCCCUUCCUGCCUCCCUCCCUCCCUCCUUCCGUCUGGUGCCGCAGUCCACGGAGAGCGGUGUUAUUGCCGAGCGGCCCCGCGCGCAAUGACGGUCCGGGGGAGUCCGAAAUAAUUCAUCCGCAGAACCACUUGAGGGGGACAAACAUGGGAAUGGCGAGUGAGGAGCUGCUGGUGACACUGCAGAUACUUCCCGGUUUCUUUUCAAACUGUCUCUUCCUCGUCCUCUACGACUCCGUGGUGCUGGUGAAGCGCGUCGUGGCGCUGCUGAGCAGCUCCAGGUCCGGCGGUUCGCGUGAGUGGCGCCGCAUGUUGACCUCGGCGGGUCUGCGCUCCAUCUGGAACAGCUUCCUGCUGGACGCCUACAAACAGGUUAAACUCGGCUGUGAGGCACCAAACUCCAAGGUGGUGAAGGUUCCAGGACCCAGCAGCAGCAGCGGCGGCGGCGGCGUCAUUAACGUGACCAGUGUUCCAGCUGGUACCACGACCAGAAACGAGUGCAACCUUCUGGAUUUUGAGACUUCCGACCGUCCACUGGUGGUCAACUUCGGCUCAGCCACUUGACCCCCCUUUGUCAGCCACCUGCCUGCCUUCCGGCGGUUGGUGGAGGACUUCAGUGACGUGGCCGACUUCCUGCUGGUGUACAUUGAUGAGGCCCACCCAUCUGACGGCUGGGUGGCCCCUCCCAUGGGCUCAUCCUGUUUCAACGUGAGGAAGCAUCAGAACCUGGAGGAGCGGCUGGGAGCGGCACGCAAACUCACUGAGCACUUCUCUCUGCCGCCACAGUGCCAGCUGGUGGCAGACUGCAUGGACAACAACGCUAACGUGGCGUACGGUGUGUCUAACGAACGGGUGUGCAUCGUGCAGCAAAGAAAAAUUGCGUACCUCGGUGGCAAGGGGCCGUUCUUUUACAAUCUGAAAGAUGUGCGUCAGUGGCUGGAGCAGAGCUUUGGUAAACGGUAGGCAGGACUUGAUGUUCUUAAAGGUAAAGGCGCCCAAUUUUGAGGCGGUCCCUUAAAGCAUGGCCAGAUUUUUUUUUUACUCUGAGAUGAAGUUUGUAUGAAUUUGUGAAAAACAUGGCUGAUAUUGGUUGAUACAGAUCCACUGUUGCUUAUAUUUAUACCUGUUAUGUUUAUGUGGAUUUUCAUAUGGAAAAUUCUAUUUUCUAUAGAAAUAUUUUUUUAAUCAUCACGCUUAACCUGCGAGAUAUUUUUAAACAAUUCUUAUUCAAAUAAAAAAACAUUUAUAAGUCGUAAAUCAAACGUUCUCAAAUGUUCAGUGAAGCACAGAAGAUUCAAGGUGGCUUUGGUGUAAAAUAUAAGUUUGAUCUGGUGUGGAGAAUCAGAACGGUGUCAACAUUGGAACCUUCCCUGGUGUUUGCUCCAGUCUUAUUGACAGUAAUCUCAGUAAUCAAACUCACCACAGUCCACUCCAUCCCAUAGGAGUGAAUUUACCCUUUAGAUUAUUUUAUUACCUUUGUCACGCACAUUCUUACCACAGCUGAGUGUGUGUGUUUGCACCAUGCAUAUUGACACAGCCCUGCUAUUUCUGAGCAGCGGUUUAAGGCUUCAAUCAGGUGAGGGCGUGUGCAGGCUUUGGUGUUUGGCCAUGUGAUUGGCCGAUCACAAAAACUGUACUGAAUUACUGCAAUUCAUCUCUUGCUAAUGGCUGCCUCACUCUGCCAAGUAAAACACUCAGGAAGCACCAAUCAGACGCUCUCUUUACAUUCACUUUCAAUAUACAGUGGAACCUCGGUCUUCCAACUGAAUUCCUGAAGGAGCAGCGCAAGAAAUACCGCCAAAAUCAGACAACAGUUCUCAGCGUGUAUGUCCCAAACUCAGGCUGAGGAAAGACUGACGCCACACACACACUCAGGGAUCACCUGCUGCCGCCUGAUAUCGUUGGCUUGUUUGGCAGCCGAGUUAUGGUACGACAACCGGGGCAAUUGUU